AUGGCAGACCCGAAAGAGAACAAAGAUGACGUGGACGCCCCGAAACCCUCUGAACCCAGCCCAGCAGGCACCGCCCCGGACCACAAAGCGGUCAAGUUUUCACCAGAAGAAGAACAGGCUCUAGUCGACGAGGCAAACUCGCUCAAGACAGAAGCAAAUGCUCUCUACUCGUCAAAGGACUAUGAAAAUGCCCUCGCCAAAUACGAGGAUGCCAUGUCCACAUGCCCCAACUACUUGCACUAUGAACGGGCAGUUCUUCAAAGCAACAUGGCCGCCUGCCACCUGCAAUUAGAGCAAUGGAAAGACGCCAUCAAGAUCGCCACCAAAGCAUUAGACGGACUGGUUGAGCUGGAGAAGACGCAGCCUGAGCUUUCCGGUUCAACGAGCAGCGAGAAAACGCCAGAUUCAAGUACCAAGAAAGCAGAGAAGCCUUCAGAAACAUCAAAAAAGGACGAUGACGUUGAAGGGGAGAUUAUCAGCUCUGGUGCCUCUCGUGCUGCUCCCGCACCGCCGCCACAACCUGAGCCGUCCUCAGCGGAAGCGAGGAAGGCGGAUAUCCUGAGAAUACGCACAAAGGCUUUGCUACGACGCGCUCGAGCUCGUUCAGAAGCUGGUGGUUGGCAGAACCUUUCCGGUGCAGAGGAGGACUACAAGGCGUUGUCGGCCAUGCCUGGGUUAGGGCCAGCUGAUCUUCGCACAGUCCGUAGCCAGCUCAAGACUCUGCCACCUCGGACGAAAGCAGCCCAGGAGAAGGAAAUGUCGGAAAUGUGGGGGAAGUUGAAGACCCUUGGUGAUGGUAUAUUGAAACCGUUCGGCCUAAGUACCAACAAUUUCCAGAUGGUCAAGGACGAGAAUAGUGGCGGUUACAGCAUGAAUUUCACGUCGGGAGGUGGCGAGUCUUCCAAAUCAUCUUAG